GUUCCCACACUAGCAUCACAAACGGCUAGCAGCGUCCCGCUAUUAAAAAACAAUAAUUAUACGAACAUUUAAGCAUAGUUAGAAGGUAUUCGCGCAACUUUAUUUAUCAGUUAAAUCCGCGUUUGCUGUACGAUGCUGCGCGAUACGUCCCCCGACAUGUUUUCGUGAAGAUAUCCGAGUUAACCGGUUCAUUGUAGGCGUUAGCUCGGUGCUAACUCGGAGCUAACUCGGAGCUAACUCGGGGCUAACGCUGCUAACGCCGGCCGGAGCGGACCUCUUUGUCUGACAGGAGAAGGCGUGCUCUUUUGUUAAGCUUUCCCUUUGUCCAUUUUUUUCGGGUGAAGAGGGAAUAGUUGGCGCAGGAUUUCACCGCUAACCACCGUUUCCGGGCGAUUUGGAAGAUGCAAUUCGCGAAAAAACACUUUACAGACGGCCUGAUCCAGUUGACCAUCUUGCUGAGUUUGAUCGGAGCGCGCGUGGACGUCGACAGCUACCUGAGCGGGUUCUAUUCCCCGCUCCUCAUCGAGAUCGACUUGGGUCCGAGCUCAGCCUACGCCCAGACGCCCUUCCACAGCCUGCGGGACACUUUGGACGGCUACAGCGUCCACCCCAAGUGCCCCGAGUUGGACUGUUUCUUCGCAGGUCGGCGCUUGCUGGAGGAGGUGCGAUCGCUGGGCUCGCCGCGGUUCCCCACGCCGCAGCUCGACGCGUGGCUGGUGCAUCAGGUGACCACCGACAGGGACAAGACCCAGACCCAGACCCAGACCCAGGCAGAGUCCGAGAACGGCGAUGAGAUCCAGGAGGAGGAGGAGAGGAGCGGUGGCCCGGGACACCUGCCUGACCGCGGGCAGGAGGGGGACGGUGUGCAGGGAGAUGGGGCCUCUGGAGCAACCGGAGCCUGUGCUGGUCCUAAAGAGGGGAAUAAUGAAGAUGUGAAGGUCAAAGAGGAGGAUGAGCCUGUUCCUCUGGCCCACAGCUCGUCUCUGGAGCAGGAGUCUCUCCUCGGGGGCGCUGGAGCUCUGUCCCAUCACUCAGGCUUCCAUGGACCUUCUGACACAGACCAGUCCUGGAGCCAGCUCCUGCACCUGUCUGUGAGCGACCUGGAGGACCUGGACUCUCUGGUCGGCGCUCGUCUCCCUGAUCUGGACACAGACCUGUCUAGUGCCCUCCAAGGGGACUUGAGCCUGGAGGACCUCACCCUGCAGGACGCCAUCAUGUCUCCGCCCACGACGCCGCAGCACACAGACCCCUCGUCGCCCGGCCUGGCUCUGGGGCUGGCGGCUCUGCCCUUCGCCUCCGUGUGUAACUUCAGCGGGGGCUCCUCUCAGGGCCUGGGGGGCGGCCUGGACGAGGCCGUGUUUGACCAGAUAAACCAGCUGGGACUGGAGGGGCUGGACUCCAUGGACCAGCAGCUGCUCAGCUGCCUGGACCCUCAGCUGCUCGAGGACUUUGACUCAGACUCGGGCCUGUCUCUGGAGAGCAGCUCCGGAGGGCCUGGCUCCCCAGGCUCCUCUGAGAUGUCCUCGUCGUCCUCCUCUCUGUGUGAGGAGGAGUGUGGAGCUACAGGCUACAGCAGUGAGGUGGACUCUAAGAGCGUCCUGGACCACGGCUCCUGGUCUCCUGUAGAUCUGAGCGAGAGCGUGUGGCACGACCACAGCUACUCGUCCCCCCUCACCUACCCCCACAAGGGCAUUAAAGAGGAGCCUCUGAGCGAGGAGGAGGAGGAGGAGUGUGGUCUGGAGGAACGAGAGCUGAGUCGGGACGAGGUCCGUGCUCGUGCCAUGUGUCUGCCCUUCUCUGUGCUGCAGAUCGUCAACAUGCCCGUGGAGGAGUUUCUGGAGGUGCUGGACAGCCACGGCUUCUCCUCCGAGCAGGUCACUCUGCUCAGGGACAUCCGCAGACGAGGCAAGAACAAACUGGCCGCUCAGAACUGCCGUAAACGCAAACUGGAUGCCAUCACGGGCCUGCAGGAGGAGGUGUCCCGCCUCCAGGCCCAGAGGGAGCGGCUCCUGCGAGACAAACGGCUCACGGCCAAAACCAUGUGCGCCGUGGGUCAGCAGAUCCAACAGCUCACCAGAGACGUUCUGUCCAGGCUCAGGGACCCUCUGGGGCAGCCCCUCACCCCAGACAGGUACUCCCUCCAGUGCGGCGCCAACGGCAGGGUGGUGCUGGUGCCCGCCCGCAGACCCACCGUGUCGGGCGCCACGGGGAACAAAACGGACAAACGCAAGAAAGGCAAGAAGCAGUGACUGAAAAAGCCUGUGAGCCUGAACUGUGCGCUCUCUGCCGGCGUGUGGAGCACCAGCAGGGGGCGCAAUAACCAGGACAAAGUUAAAUGUAGCCUACAUAAGUGACAUGGGUGUGGGCGCGUGUCCACUGGAGCGUACAGCCACACGACCACACUUCUUCUACAAAACGGUGUCAAUGCUGCUGUAUAAUCUGAUCUGUCCAAACUCACGCACAGUCCUCAUUUGUGAUUCCAUUCAGUCUCUCGCGCAUUUCCUUUUUUUUUUUACUUUUCUGUCUCGUCUGUGUUCCGACGUUGGCCCUUUUCCAAACCUGGACCGCCCGCCGCGUCUCUGAAGCGGUACAGACCUCGACGUACUGAGCCAAGCUGUAGCUCCGCGUGGACACGCCGACGCCGGACUCCUCAAACUCGACGCUCCCAUGUCGCUUUUACAAACACUGGACUCCCGCGGCUCCGAGGAGAAGAAGAGCCGCCGACGAGAAACCUGCUCACGGCCAAGAACCAGAACCAGAACCGGGCCAGGGGCAGGUAGAGCACAUCCUUCCAAAGUAGAACAAAUAUUUAUUCUCCCAGUCCAUGAGUAUUUGACCAGGUGAGUGUGGAACUUUAAACAGAGGCGAGGGCGGGGCUCUGCAGUGCCGGGCUGGAUUUAAUUUGUUUGUUGCCUUGGCGACAUACACGAUACCAAUGCCUUAACCGUCAUAUCUCAUCCUACGUUUGGUUUUCUGUGAGUGUAACGUUUGGAAAGGCGAAAUGACAUCGACAAUAUCACGCUUAAAGGGCCCAUCGCACUGUUUUCUAGCGUCACAAACACCUGGAGUUGUGUUUUGUGUCGUUCACGUUUCAUUUUAGGUUCAGGGGUUAGUGCUUUUCUCAGUUUCAAAGCACCCGGCUCCUCCUCGUGAUGUCAUAAAGUGGUAAUGAAGGUCUCCACUGUGUUUUCGAAGUCCGCACGGCUUCACGAGAAUCAUUUUUAUCCUCCCAGACCUGGAUUUUUCUGAAACUGCUCCACUUCUCAUUCAGACAUUUUAUCGACAAUCUCCACUGAACAAACGGUAAAAGUUAAAAAUAAAAGCAACAAAAUGAGGGUAAAAACGGCUGUUGACCUAACAUAACUACUACUAAAUGACAUCACGAGGUGGAACAGAGCGUUUUGAGCUUUGGAGAUGCAGACAGACUCAUAAUUACUCAAACGUGUGAAGGAAACAAAACACAACUCCAGGUCUGUUUUUGAGGAGGGAACCAGAGUCCUGCACGGGUCUGUUGUCGGAGACCCUCAACCCGCCCGUUAACCCGUGAUUAUUUGAAAGUUAAACCCGUUACUCGCCUGUGACCGAGAUAAAUCACACACAGAUUAAAAUUAUUCUAACUGAAGCAUCCGUCAGAAUAUUAACUGAAAAGUCACGACUUAAAGAAUUACAAUCAUGAAAUAAAAAAACAGUUGCUGUCAAAAAUACGUCAUCACUUUAUCACAGUAUUUAUUAAGCAGAAGAAAAACUGAUCAAGAUGCCGGACUUUUGCGUCGCACAGGACGCCACGGACUGAACCAGGACUAAGCCAGGACUGAACCAGGACUAAGCCAGGACUGAACCAGGACUGAACCAGGACUAGGACUGAACCAGGACUGAACCAGGACUGAACCAGGACUAAGCCAGGACUGAACCAGGACUAACCUAGGACUGAUUCUAGGACUAAAACCAAGGCUAAAACCAGGACUAAAACGGAACUAACCUAGGACUAAAACCAGGACUAAAAUCAGGACCGAUCCUAGGACUAAAACCAGGAUUAAUUCCAGGACUAAAACCAGGACUUAACCUAGGACUGAUUCUCGGACUAAAACCAGGACUAACCUAGGACUAAAACCAGGACUAACCUAGGACUGAUUCUAGGACUAAAACCAAGGCUAAAACCAGGACUAAAACGGAACUAACCUAGGACUAAAACCAGGACUAAAAUCAGGACUGAUCCUAGGACUAAAACUAGGAUUAAUUCCAGGACUAAAACCAGGACUUAACUUAGGACUGAUUCUCGGACUAAAACCAGGACUAAUUUAGGACUAAAAUCAGGACCGAUCCUAGGACUAAAACCAGGAUUAAUUCCAGGACUAAAACCAGGACUUAACCUAGGACUGAUUCUCGGACUAAAACCAGGACUAACCUAGGACUAAAACCAGGACUAACCUAGGACUGAUUCUCGGACUAAAACCAGGACUAACCUAGGACUAAAACCAGGACUAACCGAGGACUGAUUCUAGGACUAAAACCAGGACUAAUUUAGGACUAAAACCAGGACUAAAUUAGGACUGAUCCUAGGACUAAAACCAGGAUUAAUUCCAGGACUAAAACCAGGACUAACCUAGGACUAAAACCAGGACUAAAACCAGGACUAACCGAGGACUGAUUCUAGGACUAAAACCAGGACUAAUUCCAGGACUAACCUAGGCCUGAUUCUAGGACUAAAACCAGGACUUAAACCAGGACUAACCGAGGACUGAUUCUAGGACUAAAACCAGGACUAAUUUAGGACUAAAACCAGGACUAAAAUCAGGACUGAUCCUAGGACUAAAACCAGGAUUAAUUCCAGGACUAAAACCAGGACUAACCUAGGACU